UAUGUCUGACGCUGAAGGAGAUGACACACCUAUGCCCACCUCCAAUGGAGAAUCCAUGAACGUUUACACUGCUCUUCAAGAAGUCCUGAAGACCUCUUUGACUGUUGACGGUUUGGCACGUGGCCUUCACGAAAGUGCCAAAGCCUUAGAUAAACGUCAAGCACAUUUGUGUGUUUUGGCUAACAACUGCGACGAACCGGGAUAUGUAAAACUCGUUGAAGCUCUCUGCGCCGAACAUGGUAUAAACCUUUUAAGAGUGGACGACAAUAAGAAGCUCGGAGAAUGGGCUGGAUUAUGUAAGAUUGAUAGAGAAGGAAAAGCUCGUAAAGUUGUUGGUUGUAGCUGCGUUGUUGUUAAGGAUUAUGGAAAAGAAACUGAGGCGCUUGAUGUUAUCAAUCAAUACUUCAGUAAAAAUUAA